CCGUAAUCCAGCAACCUUCAACUUAUUGCACUGCCUACGUCUUGCAUCGUCUGUGCAACUUUCAACCUCUUCUCUACGCUCUUUUGCACACGUUUCGAACACGGACUGCGACUCUCCUCUUCCCUGACGCGCGACACGACUCCUUCUGCAGGCAGCGAUGCCUUCCAUCUCACGCCUGUCAGCCUGGCUCCUGCUGCCAGCCGCAAUCUCCGCCGUCACGUUCGACUGUGAGAAUGUCGUUGUAGACAGCCAGAAGUUCAAUCUCAAGGCGUUGGGAGGGCCGAAAGAGGUGCACAGGCUCUACCGAGACUCAUUCUCCGUGGUUAACACCACAUUUACCAUUGAUGUGUGCGACACGCUGAAGAAGCCUAAAGGCGACGAGGCGAAAACAUCAUGUCCGAACGGCAGCCGAGUAUGCGCUGUGGAGCGUCUCUACAACGAUCAGGCGGCAGACGGGGUUGUCAUGGCGGUCUUCCCAGUGGCAGGACAGUUCACCACGUCAAGUGGUGGCCAGCUGGAGCCUAAGCUCACCAGAUUAAAAGGCAGCCCAAGCAACGAGGAUGCGAAGAAGGAAGGCCUCAGAGUGGAGCUACAUGGCGGAGAGCACACCAAAGAUAAGAAGAAGAUCAAGCAGAAGGCCAUUGUUGAAUUCGUGUGUGAUGCAGCGAAAGAGGGAACUGAAGGCUUCGAUGACAAGGAAAAGAUGGCCAGAUCCCUCAACGAUGGUGGCCUGCGUACACGAGAGGAUGGCGAAGAUGGAGACGACAAGCAAGAACCGCUACCAGAUCUUGAUGAAGGAAAGGCACUGCAAUUGAUCAGUUACGAGGACGAGAGUGAUGUGGGUGUGCUGCGUUUGGAGUGGAAGACAAAGUAUGCUUGCGAAAACGCGGAGAAGCCGCCGUCAAGCAGCAAGAGCUGGGGAUUCUUCACAUGGUUUCUGAUCAUUGGUUUCCUCCUGAUCGCCACCUACAUAAUCUUCGGCUCAUGGCUGAACUACAACCGCUACGGAGCACGGGGUUGGGACCUCAUUCCCCACGGAGACACAAUACGUGACAUUCCGUACAUUGUGAAAGACUGGACGAGUGGCGUAGCUGGGAAAAUGGGUAGUAAUGGGAACAGAGGAGGUUAUAGUGCAGUGUAAGACAUCCUAUGCGGAGCAGUUCUUGAGCACUCGAUUGUGAGUGCUCACUCGUACCAUACAAAUUGCGAACUUCGGCUGACAUAGACACAG